CGCUGCUGUACCACUAUAGCCACACUGAGGGGAAAUGCUCAUGUGACAUGUCUAGUUUUUCAAGAUCAGCCCAGCAAUGGGCGACCUUUGCAAGAUCCUGGUUGCUCGUAGACGCCAGGCUGCAGCCUCCAGGAAAGAUUGCCACUAUGUGUGCAGUUCGGCUUCAAGGGAAACAUAAACCCAUUUACCAUCCACUGAGUGAUAUUGGAGAUCAUGUGGUGGUCAUGAACACCCGACACAUCGCCUUCUCUGGAAACAAAUGGGAACAGAAAGUGUAUUCAUCUCACACUGGUUAUCCUGGAGGAUUCAAACAACUUACAGCAGCCCAAAUGCACAAAAAAGACCCUACAGCUAUCAUUAAAUUGGCUGUAUAUGGGAUGCUUCCCAAAAACCUCACCAGAAGGACCAUGAUGCAACGGCUUCACCUCUUCCCAGAUGAUGUACUUCCUGAGGACAUUCUCAAGAACCUGACAGAAGAACUUCCACAACCCAGAGAGAUCCCACGCAAGCUCAGCGAGUACACACAGGAGGAGCGAGAUGCUUUUCCCAUGCUGUGGACCCCGCCAGAAGACUUCAAGAUGAAAUGAUUGGAUCUGGAUCUUUCAUCUCUGUGUUUCCAGGACUUGGAAAUUGGUAUAUAUAUAUAUAUAUAUAUAUAUAUAUAUAUAUAUUUUAUUAAUUAUUGUCUAUGUAAAAUAAAUUGUAAAAAAUAAUCGGUCCAUUUUCCACAUUAUGUUUGAUACCUAAGAUGCAAUAAUAAACGCAUUACAUGCCUAAUAGAGAUGAAUUCCUUAACCUGAUAAUGUGUAUUUGUCUAAUCUUAAGCCAAGACAUAGUGGCAGGCAAACGGCAGCAGCCCAAUUUAUCUUUUACUCUAUAAUAAUAGAAUUUAGAUUCUUUAGCCUUUCCCUGUCCCACAAAUGGCUUUAGCAGUGCUCUCUGAAGCCUGAUCCUGCUCUAAUUCAAUUGCUACUUUGGCCUUAAUUAACGUCAUAUGGCUCUAUAAGCCCUUUCUAAUGCCAUUUUGGCCUUCCUGCUUAGCUCUUUAAAACAACACUGUGUUGUUUUAAAAAAAAAGUUUAUUAAAAGAAAAUGUAAUAUAAAAAAAAAAAAUUUUUUUGGGUGACAUCAAUAAGGAAAACAUACAGAGCAAUACAAUAAAAGCCAGACAAGAUGUCAUGUUGAGUCAUUGUUGUAGUACAGUUUUAUUGGUUACAAAAACAAAUAAAGUAAAAAUAAAUUACUUUGCGGAUUCAAAGGUCUGGUGAUGAGUCUUUCCACUGGCAACCUGCUCCACAUGCAGUUUGAGUCAUUCUGAAAGGACAGUAGACCACAGGCCUAACUAUUCUAGUCUCUUUCACAGUGAAGAGGCACAUAGGACACAGAACCACAGAGACUGGAAAUAACUCCAUGCAGAGCUCUUAUGAAAAAAUCCCCACUGAUUGAAUGACACGUCAUCAAACAAGAACAUAUGCACAGGAAGUUCACAUUAAUAUGUGAUAAUGCAAUUAUCAUCCAGACAAAAUGUGUCGUGUUACACAGAGUGUCACAAAUACCAGAUAAAAAAAUUUAAGAGAUUAGAUUUGGUUAAUUAACAGGUUUUGAGUAUGAUUAAGAAUUGAGCUUUUCAUAAAUAAUUGCUAGUGACAAGAACAUCAAAAGCAUCAACGGGGGUAUUUUUCUCCAUAUAAAAUAACUCCAGAAGCAAGUUUCAGAUAAUUGCAAAAUGCUGUAAACAUGUGAGAACAUUGUAACAUGGUAGAUCACAAAUAACAUAUUGGUAAUUUUCUCACCCCCAUGUCUUUCCAACCCAGAAUUUUCUUCAUGUACAUCUAAACUGUGAUUUUAAAUGCUAAGCAAUAAAAAUUAAGAAAACAUAAAAGUAGUCCAUAUAACUGGUGCGCUGUACAGUUUUCCAUGUCUUCUGUAGAUAUACAAUAGCUUUGUGUGAAGAAAAGAACCAAAUAUGAUAAUAUCCCUGUCAAUGCAUUCAAAUAUCAUUGCUGCUUGUGUUCUAUUGAAACUGAGCCAUACACCAGGUUUGACAUCACUGAUGCCAAACAAGCGAUUCUUGCAUGUCAUGUGAUUAAUCGCGGUGUCCUUAAAUAUGUGACCAAGAAUAAUGUUUGUGAGCAAAGUGUGUGGGGAAUAUUUUUCAGUGAAUAAUAGAGCUUAACAGUGCCCACCCACUUUUUCCGCCAUCUUGGUUCCGGAAGUGUUUUUCAUAUAUUUAUUUUUUCCUUUGGGAUUCCAAAAAAAUCCUUCAUAAAACAGUUGUAAGCCCUGAACCAAAACAACCAGCUCUGAGGUGAAUCACAACAUUACAAACUUUGAUUUGACUUGAAAAUCAGACAAAAAAGACUUUAAGAUCUCAUUUUGUGUUUCAUGGAAGAAAGAAAAUAAUACUGGGUUGGAACGGCUAAUGGAGUGAAUAAAUUAUGGCAUACUUUUCAUUUGUGAGUGAACUAUCCCUUUAAAAAACAAUUAAACAAACUGUACAGAUAUCGCCCAUUAUCAUUUACAUAAGAUAUAGACUACACAUAACUCAUAACCACUGUUUUGUUGAAACUUGCUCUUUGUCUCAUUGGCCACAUGCAACCUCACGAAAGACAGAAAAGUCACUGAAUGAAUAUUGGCACAGUUUCAUUUUCCAAACUUCUCCACACACCACUCACCCACUCCCCAUAAUGAUGCAUAUAACAGGCACUUUUCAGAGUUCCCUCAGUCCUAACCUGCAGGAUAUUCUGAUGAAAAGUGUGUGG